UUUUUUUUUUUUUUUUAAAGCAAAAAUUAUUAUUUCUUUUAGGAAGUUAGCAAAAGAAAUAUUAGUAAUAGCCUCAAUAGGACCACCCAAGAAACUUCAUACUUGCUUCGUAGAUGAUGAAUGUUUUAAAUUAAAUAUAUGUAGUUGCAUUAUAAUAAUAUAAUUGAACCAAACCAAAUUAAUAUGAUUGUAUAGUGUGUCACACAAAGAGUGACUCACACAAACAUCCUCCUGUUCACAUUUCUUCUAUCUAUCCUACUGUCUUGUCUUGUCUUCAGUGUUCUGUUUAAAUUUCUAUGGCAAUUUCUGAAGAACAGUCACAUGGUUUCGCCUAUGAUGUUUUCCUCAGUUUUAGAGGGGAAGACACACGGCACAAUAUUGUUGGAUAUCUUCUUGACGCAUUUGAGAAGAGGGGAAUCAAAGUUUUCUAUGAUGAUACAAGUCUGAAAAUAGGGGAAGAAUUGUCAGCUGCAUUUUGUAAAGCCAUAGAAGAAUCUAAUAUCUCAGUUAUUGUUUUAUCUGAGGAUUAUGCAUCUUCUAGGUGGUGCCUUAAUGAACUCGCAAAGAUCAUGGAAUGUACGAAAAGGAACAAGAAACAAAUUGCUCUUCCAAUAUUUUACCAUGUUGAUCCAUCUGAUGUACGAAACCAAAGAAACAGUUAUGGCAAAGCCAUGGUUGCUCAUCAGACGAGGUUUGGAAAAGACUUGGGAAAAAUAAAAGCAUGGACAGCAGCAUUGUCUGACGUCGCAAACUUGAAAGGUCACCAUAUCAACACUGGGUUCGAAAUCAAUCAUGUUAAAGAGAUUGCGGAAAAGGUCCACACUAAUAUAGCUCCAAAACCUUUAAUUGAUGGUGAGAAUCCAGUUGGACUUGAUCAACGCAUAGAAGAAGUGAAGUCACUUCUAGACUUGAAACCAAAUGAUGACACUGUAUGCUUGUUGGGCAUAAUUGGACUUGGCGGAAUAGGGAAAACUGAACUUGCCAAAGCACUGUAUAACAAGAUUGUGCACAAAUUUGAAGCUGCAAGUAUACUUGAAAAUGUUAGAGAGAAGUGGAACAGAAUCAAUGGCCCAGAAUAUCUACAAAAGACCCUUUUAUUAGAGAUGUUUGAGGAGCCAGAAACUGCGUGGGGAAGUACAAGUAAAGGAAUCAAAGAAAUAAAACACAAGCUUGGAAGGAAAAAGGUUCUUUUGGUACUUGACGAUGUUGAUGAGAUGAAACAAUUAGAAAACUUGGCAGGAGGAAGUGAUUGGUUUGGUCCAGGUAGUAGGAUCAUUAUAACUACAAGGGAUAAAGGUUUAUUCAUGGGUACUCAUCCAAUUGAAGUUAAGACUUAUGAAAUGACUGAACUUAAUGAUCAACAUUCUCUUGAGUUGUUUUGUCGAAAUGCCUUUGCAAAAAGCAAUCCUAAAGCACGAUAUGAAGUUGUGUCCUCCCGUGCCGUUGGUUAUGCAAAAGGUCUUCCACUAGCUUUAAAAGUUAUAGGAUCCAAUUUGGCUACUAGAAAAAGUUUAAAAGCUUGGGAGUCUGCAUUGAAAGAUUAUGAAAGGAUUCCGCAUACAGGGAUUCAAGAUGUGCUUAAAGUAAGCUAUGAUGUGUUGGAGUCUAAUGCUCAAAGUGUUUUUCUAGAUAUAGCAUGCUUCUUCAAAGGGAAAAGAAUAGAAUAUGUUGAAGAAAUACUUGAUGAAUUCAGUGCAGCAUCAAAUAUUGAAGAGCUUGUUAAUAAAUCUCUCUUGAAUGUUGAUAAUGGAUACUUGAAUAUGCAUGACCUAAUACAAGAUAUGGGCAGAGAGAUUGUUAGGAAAGAGGCACCAAAUAAUCCUACAAAACGUAGUAGAUUAUGGCAUCAACAAGAUGUCAUCGAUGUAUUAUCGGCCAAUGAUUAUGGAAGUGAUGCAAUUCAAGGGAUAAUGCUUGAUCCUCCCCAACGUAUAACAGAAGUAGAUUGGAAUGAUACUGCUUUUGAGAAGAUGAACCGUCUUAGAAUUCUUAUUGUUAGAAAUACAAUCUUUUCAUCAGAGCCUAAACAUCUUCCAAAUCAUUUAAGGCUACUUGACUGGGAUGUAUACCCUUCAAAGACUUUCCCACCAAAAUUUUACCCGAGGGAUAUCAUCAUCUUAAAAUUGCCUAAUAGUCAACUUACAAUUGAAGGGCCAUUUAAGAAAUUUUCAUAUCUUAUUGUCAUGGAUUUCUCAUAUAAUCAAUCUAUCACAACAAUGCCUGAUGUGUCCAAAGUUGAAAAUUUGAGAGAAUUGCGACUUGAUAAUUGUCGAAACUUAACUAUGGUUCAUGAAUCCAUUGGAUUUAUCAAACAUCUUGUCCACUUAAGCGCUUCGGGAUGUACCAAACUUAAAAACUUUUUGCAAAGAAUGUUUUUACCAUCUCUAGAAGUCCUUGACCUUAAUUAUUGUGUAAAUCUUACUCACUUCCCAGAUAUAGUGAACGAGAUGAAUAAACCAUUGAAGAUUCAUAUGAUGGGUACCUCUAUUAAGAAGUUGCCAAAUUCUGUUGGUAAUCUUAUUGGACUUGUUUCAAUAGACAUGGAACAUAGUGAGAAACUCGAAUAUCUACCAAGUAGCUUAUUCAGGUUACCAAAUGUUCUUGCUUUUGACUUUGGAAGUUGUCCUAAACUUGCUGGAUCUUUCAGAAAAUUUCUACCUGAUAGCCCUUCAGAAGCCAAUGAACGUUCAACAUUAAAAACAAUGCAUUGUGAAGAAAGUGGUUUGUCAGAUGAAGAUAUUCAGGCAAUUCUCAUAUGUUUUCCAAAAUUGGAAGAAUUGAUUGCAUCAAGUAACAAUUUUAUCUCUCUCCCAUCGUGCAUUAAAGUUUUUGAUCACUUGACAGAUCUUGAUGUUAGAAUGUGCAAAAAGCUUCAAACAAUUCCCGAAUGCACCAACUUGAGAAUUUUGAAUGUCGAUGAUUGUACGAGUCUUACAAACAUUUCAACAUUGCCACGCAUUGUUCAAAAAAUAGAUGCAAGAAAAUGCUUCAACUUUUCUUCGGAGACAUCAGACCUGCUAUGGGAUCAGGUGAAAAAAGAGAGGCAUCUAAUAGAAAUUGUGAUGCCUGGAAUCAAGGUUCCAAAAUGGUUCAACUAUAUAUGUAAAGACGGAAUUCCAUGUUUAUGGGUUCGUGGGAAGUUUCCCAGUGUUUCUUUAGCAUUGGUGUUCCAAUAUGCGGAUGGGAAGGAAAGAAUAAAUCAUGAUCUUGUUCAACUUCAAUUGGUUAUCAACGGUCAAUCUGUGACUCACAAAGGCUGUUACAACUUCAUAAUUGAACCGCAUCAUGUUUUAGUUUGUGAUCUACGAGUCUUAUUCAAUGACGAGGAGUGGCUAAAUCGUGAUGCAUUACUGCUUAAGCAUGAAUGGAAUCAACUGCAAAUUUCAUAUGAAGCCAAGAACAGCAUGGUGACACUAAGUGAAUGGGGAGUUUUUGUGUACAAACAAGGAGCUGUUAACUUGAAAAAACAUGUUCAAUUCACAUGUCCUAUGAAAAGUGAUGAAGAACAGUCGGAUGGUUUCAUCUAUGAUGUUUUCCUCAGUUUUAGAGGGGAAGACACGCAGGAGAAUAUUUUUGGACUUCUUGAAGCAUUUGAGAACAGGGGAAUCAAUGUUUUCUAUGAUGAUAAAAAACUUGAAUUAGGGGAAGACAUUUCACCUGCAUUUUGUAAAGCCAUAGAAGAGUCUAAUAUCUUAGUUAUUGUUUUAUCUGAGGAUUAUGCAUCUUCUACAUGGUGCCUUGAUGAACUUGUGAAGAUCAUGGAAUGUACGAAGAGAAACAAUAAACAAAUUGCUCUUCCAAUUUUUUACCUUGUUGAUCCAUCAGAUGUACGACAUCAAAGAAACAAGUAUGGAGAAGCCAUGGUUUCUCAUCAGAAGAGGUUUGGAAAAGACGCAGAAAAAAUUAAAGCAUGGACAGCAGCAUUGUCUGACGUGGCAAACUUGAAAGGUCACCAUAUCGACACUGGAGGAAAUUUAUUUGCAUGUUAUAAAGGAAACUUCAAGGUUUGUGAUACACUCAACAUUGACAAAAUGGAUAUUGUGACCAAAUUAGAUAACUUUGAUGACAAGAAAGAAGAUGAAGUUGUGCUUCCUGGAUUUAGAUUUCAUCCAACAGAUGAAGAGCUUGUUGGAUUUUAUCUACGGCGAAAAGUGGAUAAGAAGUCUCUUCGAAUCGAACUCAUCAAACAAAUUGAUAUCUACAAAUAUGAUCCAUGGGAUUUACCAACUAGUAGUAUGGGAGAGAAAGAAUGUUAUUUCUUUUGUCUAAGAGGAAGAAAAUACAGAAACAGCAUAAGGCCUAAUAGAGUAACAGGAUCUGGAUUUUGGAAAGCCACUGGAAUUGAUAAACCUAUAUACUCAUCAAGUGUUAAAGAAUCAUCAUCACAUGAUGAAUGUAUUGGACUUAAGAAAUCAUUGGUUUACUAUCGAGGAAGUGCUGGAAAAGGUACCAAAACUGAUUGGAUGAUGCAUGAAUUUCGUCUUCCACCUAAAGGAAAAACUAGCAAUAAUCAGCUGCAUAAUCUUAGCAAUGAUGUUCAAGAAGCUGAAGUGUGGACACUGUGCAGAAUAUUCAAAAGAAUCCCAUCAUACAAAAAAUACACACCAAAUUUGAAAAAAGACUCAGAAGAAACAUUAGCAUUCACAACUAACUCUUCAAGUUCCAAAACAUGCAGCUUAGAAUCUGAUAACACCAAACCAUACUUGAAUUUCACAAACUCACCACUUGUUGAUGAAACCAAAACAUUUAUUAAUGGACAUGUUGACCAAAGGAUUAACCCCUCAUUUAUAAGUCAUCAGUUAGGAAAUGUAGCUCAUCAGGCUCCAACAACAUUGUCUCAGUCAAGUUUUUGGAAUGAUCAGAAUGUUGUUGAUGAAGCAUUUGCAAAUGAGAAUUGGGAUGAUCUUAGAUCUGUUGUUCAGUUUACCUUUGAUCCAUCAAAGGUUUAUGAUUGUAAAGACUUUAAUUAGAUUUAAUUUAAGACUACUCUAUCAUACUACUUCAAACUUAGUACUCCCCUCUGGUCUCGUAUAUAAGCAAUAAUUCAGUUUUUACGUUCAUUGAAUGCUUAAGUUAUGAGACCAGAGGGAGUACUACUACUAUCAUAUAACAGUUUCCAACCUACUCUUCUGUUGUGUACAAAUGAAGUUUGGUGGAGCCAAAAAAUAAGUUUGACAAACCUUGCAUAUAAUGUCAUGUAUCCCUAGCUAUUAUUUUUUAAUUUGAUUAAUCUAUACAGUGAUGCAUUUUUGUUCUUUUUA